GCAGUGCUGCAGGCGCAGAACGCCAUGCGCCAUGUCAAAACUUCGGCAUUACAGGUCCAUGGAUCAGCCCAGCACCAGCGUCGUCAUACGCAAAAAGACGAUGACGGCCGUUUGUUUCGUGUGCAACCUGCCGAUAAUGUCGCAUCAGGUGGGCCUGGUAUGGCAGGGAGGCAACGGCUGGGACGACUUGGUCCGGGAACAGCUGGAGGAGUCGACGAUCCGUCAACGUUUGGGAGGACGUCGCGAUUCGGCGGCACAGAUCACCACACCGCCGAGCCAAUCGCCGCCGCCUGGCCUGCAGCGGCGUCGCCGCAGUUCGUUGGCCCAGCUAACCGAUAUACUGAGGGAAUGGAGCGGUGGGGCGAACCGUCAGCAGCAGCAACAGCAACAACAACAACAGCAACAACAACAGCAGCAACAGCAGGCGGCUCGCAACAGAUCGCAAUUGAAUCGUCGGGAGACACUGGCAGAUUUGGCGCGCAGUCUACCAUGGCGCACAUCGACCACAGCGGACGCGAGCACCGGGGCUGGUGCCAGCUGUACCGUUACGUAUGUGACGCCGCGGAAGCGUCGGGAGUCGAGCGCAGACUCGGGCGCACGGGGCAUACGCUCCCGUCGCGAGUCCCAGACAACGGCAACGGGCAGCAGCAACGUCGUCACCAUCACCACCGCGACAAGCGCCUCGACCGAAUCUGCGAGGCACUGGCACCGGAGGGAGAGCUCCACUGCUGAAGAACCACAGCAGUCAUCAACUGGCGGUGGCAGCAGCACCACUGCCUCCGUGCCCGUCGUCAUCGAGUGCACGAAGAGCGCUUCGCGACGCGGCUCCGGCGAAAGUUAUCCGUCGGGCAGCCGUCGCGACAGUAGUGUUGCUGGACGUGUAACAACUCCGCCUCCACCAGCCAAAUACCAAAUAACCAAGAAACGUGACUCACUGGCCGCACCGGAAUUUCCCAUUUUCCGGCAGGAGCAGCGUCCCUCGACCAGCUCCGCCGGCUCCAACUCAGACUCAAUAAGCGUACCACAAAUUUCAACAAGCAACUAUCACUCACAUCAGCAGGUGGACACCGCCUGCCAGGCCCUGCCGCCGCCGACAAUUAUCACCAGUUCCGUAACGCCGCCGGCGACCAGUCCGACAGCUCCGAAGGGUCGCCGUGACUCUACCACGCAAUGUGGCCGAGGCCAACGGCGCGACUCCAAGGCAGGUAUCAGUCCGGAACGUGUGCCCCGGCUGCAGCGAUUGCAGCGUCAGGCGACCGCCUUCGAUGAGAGCUGUCUGCCCGGCGGCAGCCGACGCGGCUCGCAGCCAGCGCUCAGUCCAGAUCCACCCGAGGAUUGCGAGCGUCGCACCUCGCGACGAGACUCCCUCUCGCCAGACAGCGCUUCGCGGGGCGGGCGACGCGAUUCCCGGACCCAUCUCUCUCCGGAUCGAUCGCAUGAGCGCGACGGCAGUCCCAGGCGACACACGUUGCGGCGCCAAAGCAGCUCGGCGGCACGUUCGCCACGCUCCCCGGACUCCAACAGCUGCUCCUCGUCGCGGGACCCGAGUCCCUGCUCCCGCCCUCAACCACCGAAUGUGGAGCAGAAUCAGCGGCCAGCCAUCCGGCGGCAGUCCACCACCGAGGAGAUUCUCAUCGCACGCGGCUUUCGACGACAGUCGACCACUGAGGAAAUGAUACGCUGUCGCAACUUUCGACGCCAGAGCUCCCAAAGCGACGAUGUCUGCCGGUAUCGUGGCCGACGCGACUCAUCAGCCCAGAUUAUUGAUGGCACCAUUGGCACCAUGACCGUGGAAACAACUAGCACAUUCUUUGACUCCAGCACUCAGACAGAGCCGUCUCCACUUUAUGAUAAUAACCAUUACCACGAGGAAUGUCUACGAUGCAAUUCAUGUGGGCUUAACUUGACGGGUCCGAAUCAAAAGCGUGCUAGGAGAUUCAAGAACCAAAUACUGUGCGAUUUGCAUUUCGCGGACGUGGCGCUAAUGGAAUGCUCCGAUUUUAUGCAACAGCUGCGGAGCUUCAAGCCUCAAUCUCUGGGCUGUGCGGUCGCGAGACGCAAGAGCUCAACGACGCUAAUAUUUCCAUUGCCGCCGCAGGCUUGCUCAGACGAGUUCUGUGAGGAAUAUCCUCAUAAUUUGAUGCCCACACCCGGAUAUUGGAUUGAGUGCUCGCGUCAAAAGAUAACACUUCAAACACCGCACACCAUCUGGGAUGAGAGCGAUUCAGAGCAUGAGGAUAUUCGCGCUGGCAGCGCCAGCGAUGCGUAUUUGGAGCGCGAAUGCAGUGAUCUCUAUGAGGAUGAUGAGGACUCGGAGGCGACUCCGAGUCCAAGGAAGAAGACAACCAUCGAGGAGCAAUGGGAUCAGCAGGGCGCCUUCGAACUUAUCUCAGUGGAGCAGGAGACCUAUGAGAAGUAUUUCUAUGGUACCGAACAUUGGAAUUACUUUACCAGUGAUGAGGAUCUGGGCCCCGUUAUCCUAUCAAUCAAACAGGAGACGCUCAAUGGGCGCGAUCAAUUCCGAAUUCUGGUUCGCGCUGGCUCCUACACGGUACAUGGACUGAUACCGGCCUCCUGCGUAUUUGCCGAUAGAUAUAAUCGUGAGGAGGUAGUUAGAUCUUUAGGCAAAGAAGUUAACUUAAAUCCACCAUUAACAUUAGGACAACUACCCGAUACGCCAGAGGAAUUAUUAAAAUUAGAUCAGGUUUUCAUAAAAUCCGAACUUAAAGUCGGCGUCAUAUUUGUCAAAGAGGAUCAAUAUUCGGAAGAGCAAAUUUUGGACAAUAAUGAAAAUUCACCGCUCUUCGAUGAGUUCCUAACGCUGCUCGGAGAUCGCGUACGCCUACGCGGAUUCGAUAAAUACAAAGGUGGCCUUGACACGGUGCACGACCUAACCGGUCUAUUCUCCGUUUAUACAAACUGGCGCAACAUUGAGAUCAUGUUCCAUGUGUCCACGCUGCUGCCAUAUGAGAAGCACGAUCCCCAGAAAUUGCAACGCAAACGUCACAUUGGCAACGAUAUCGUCUGCGUGGUAUUCCUUGAAGCCGACAACACUCGCUUCAGUCCAGCCUGCAUCAAAAGCCACUUCCUGCACACCUUCAUACUGGUGCGUGUAUCGGCUCGCAUUAAACACAAGCCGACACGCUACGAGGUGUCUGUCGUGACACGAGACGAGGUCGGCGCCUACAAGCCCUAUCUGUGGGAGCAGUCCGUGUUCGAGAAGGGUCCGAUGUUUCGCGAGUGGCUAUUGACGAAGAUUGUGAAUGGAGAGCGUGCCUCGUAUUCGGCACCAAAGUUCGCCCGGAUGCAGGAGAGAACUCGAUCGCAGAUGCUCGAGGAUCUGGUGAUGAAUCUAUCGAAUCAUGCGGAAACUGGUCAAAUACCGAAGCCGUAUAGGCGGGGCUCCUGGCGACCCAUUGGCCAUAUGAGACCCUCGUCACCGCUGCUGGACUCAGUUAGGGAUCAGUUCGAGGACUAUGAUCAAUUGGCAAAAGACUUUACGCGUGUAUUCCUAAACGAAGAACCAUCGUGCCUCACAAAUGCCCAUCUUUUCGACGUGGUCUUCCUGGUGGGCCAAUCGAAGCAAAAGGCCCGCUUAAUUGGCGUACGGGCCAUUUUGGGCGUACGAAGUCGUGUCUUUCAGGAAAUGUUAUAUGGCAUACAGACGGGCUUCGGAUCGCCGCAAAUACCCGUCGCUGAGAUCUUUGCACGCCCAGCACCAUCGCUUGUAUCCCCACAGAAUCAGAAGCCCAAAUCCAAUAACUAUUUAACCGUACCCGAUUCGGACUCAAUACGGCCAAAAAGUGUACCCUCAUCGCCAAUGGUGAAGCGGGCCUUCUCACGACUGGGAACAAUAACGGCUGGCUGGGGACGAUCCAUACGCAAUAAGAACUCAAAUCAAUUAAAUCCGGAUGACAAAAAGAAAUGGAUAUCGUCGACAGAUUGUUCGAACAGAGAUAGCAAAGACAAGGAUAAAGAUAAGCCGGGCAGCAACCAAUUGGCCGUACCCCGUCUCUCCGUCUGCGCCGAUGCCCAAAAGGUGGACCGUGCCAAACUGGCCCAAACGGAAUUCAACAUCAUCGAAUUCGAUCCGGAUACGUUUCGGGUGCUGCUCGACUAUCUGCAUACGGGCACCUGUCCACUAACCUGUGUCUCAAUACCAGGUCUUCUCUGCGCCGCAGAGCACUAUGAUCUACCGGAACUGUUGCAGGCAUGUUUCCAUCAUUGCAAGCAGUUUUUGCGCAUUGAGGUCGUCUGCCCGAUGCUGAUUUCGCUGGAGAACUACUACUGGCGCUACACAUCCGCCUCCGAGUUGGUCAACAUGAUACUAUCCUUUGUGGAGAGCAAGGCGCAUGCCCUGUUUAAAUGCCCGGAAUUCCUACAUCUGUCCGAAUCGAUGGUGCAGAUGAUCAUGUGCCGUGAGCUGCAAACGCCCGAGAUACGUAAAUUUGAGGCGAUGCUCGCGUGGGCGCGUCACAAGGUUGCCAAGCUCAAGAAUCACCCCAACAAGGAUACCCAAUUCGAGUUCGAGUGCAUCAUGGAGCGUUUGACACGUGACCUAAACCUGUGCCGCAUCUCGCCAAGUGAACUGUUGACCGUCGUCCUGCCAUCCAAGUCGAUGAAAAACGAACGAAUCAUGGAGACGCUGAUGGUGCAGGUGAAUCUGGGCACAUAUCGGAUGCCCGAAUUGGAUGUGUACCGUCAGCAGUUGCGACAGCAGGAGUCCGCCGAGGCCACCGUGCAAGUCCAUCGGGGUGGAUGAGACAGUAAGAAUGUGAGCUUCGAUUUGGAGCAGCAACAGCAGCAGCAGUCGCUCUCGCUAGCCCUGACCACUGUCGCAACCACCGCGGAUAAUACAACAAACACAACCAGAUCGGACUUUGGAACAAUAACAUCAAUCACAACCACAAUCACAAGCACAACAAC